AUGCUAAAAGAAGAUCGUUCAAGUUUUAUUCUUCAAGGUUUUGAACCAUCCACUGUUCGACUUAAACGUAAACUUCGUUUAAUUCUCAAUAAAAAUCUUCGACGAGAUAAAAUCAGUGAUAAGAAUGUUACAUUAAGUGAAUUUAUAUUUUAUUCAGCAUUUUUUGUAAUUAUUAUAAUUAUAACUAUAAUAAAUCAUAUUUCUCAAGAUGCAUUUAAUGCAGAUAGAUGUAUUCGACGAUUAUUAGUUAAUAAAUUACAACUUGAUACAGUGACAAAAACUCAUGAAUUUUGGCAAUAUUUAGAUCGAUUCAAUGAAGAACUUUACAGUAAUGUCAUUAAAUGGAAAGAAUCAACCAAUAAUUCUAAAGAACAAUUCAAUCAUCAAAUAUUAUUAUCAAAUGAAAAUUUUAUUCUUGGUAUUCCUCGUCUACGUCAAAUUCGUGUUGAUGAUACUCAUUGUCAAAUUAUUAAAGAUCUUAGUGUACGAUCAAUUAAUUGUUAUGCACCUUAUCAUAAAUCUAAAGAAUAUCGAAAUAAAUUUACUACAAUUACAGGUUCUCAAUAUGAAUAUACAUCAUCAAAAAUAACAGCUGCAUUACAAUUAUCAAAUGCUUAUGGUCCUUAUGAUACUGGUGGUUUUAUUUAUUAUUUUCGUCCAACGAAAGAUUUGAAUGAUAAAGCAAUAAUAAAUUUAAAAAAUAAUGCUUGGUUAGAUUUAAGUACACGAGCAAUAUUUAUUGAAUUAAUCUAUUUCAAUCCAAAUAUUGAAUUACUUACAUCAAUUAAUAUUGUUUUUGAAUUUUUGACAACAGCUUUAAAAUGUCUUUCAAUAUCAAAAAAUGAUAUAUUCAAAGAAUUAAUUUAUUUUAUUGAAACACAAAUUAAUCGUAUUGAUUUACAAGCAUAUAUAACAGCAGCUAUUCUCAUACGUUUACUUCGUUAUUUACCUCAUUUUUCAAAUUUAAUAGCAAAUCUACUUGAUGUCUUCUACAAAUCAAUAAGAAAUUCACUUGGUUUUCUCUUUCUAUUUUUUCUUAUAUUUAUGUCAUUUGUUAUUUUUGCAACAUUUCAUUAUGGUGAUGAAUUAUAUGAAUUUCAUACUUUUGCUUUAACAUCUUAUACACUUAUUCGAUGUACACUUGGUCAAUUUGAAUAUGAUCGUGCCUAUCGUGUUUCACCAAUAUGGACUCCAAUUUUUUAUAUGAUAUAUGUAUGUGUUAUAUUUUUUGUUUUACUCAAUUUAUUAGUUGCUGUUGUUAAUGAAGCUUAUGUUUUGGGUAAACAAGAACAAAAACAAAUUGAAGAUGAUCUUCAAGAAGAAUAUAUUCAUGGAUCAUAUAAUGAAGGAUUAAGUGCUUUUCAUCGUUCAAGACGACCAAUACUUCAAGCUGCAUUUAUUCGACAAAUAAAUUAUUUUCUUAAUUUAUUUUUUAAUAAAUCCUUUGAUAUUAAUGAUAAUACUGAAAUACGAACAGAUGAUUAUAAUGAUGAUGAUGAUGAAAUAUCAUUAGAUGAAAAACAAAAUAUUAUUAUAGAAAAAUUACAAAAAAUUCUUCUUAAUGAUGGUUAUAAUAAAAAUAUUAUUGAAAAAUUUUUACAACGUUUAUUACUUAACAAUGAUGAUGAUGAUGAUAUAUUUCUAUUUCAAAUGGAAGAAAAUAAAACACUUAAGAUACUUUAUGAUGAAUUUAAAAUUUUUAAUAAUCAAUAUGAAAGAUUAGUACAAGAUUGGCAAAAAACAGCUAUGAAUACUCGUGAAAUGAUUCUUAUAAAUACCGUUGAUAUUGAACAAGCAUCAAUAAUGAAACAACAUUUAGAUAGUUUAAAUCAACGUAUAAAAAAAUUUGAAAAUCUCAUUCCUAAAGUACUUGAAAAUAUUGUUGAGCUUUAUAUUAAUCGUUUUUCCACAGAUUAA